GAGUUUGUUCGCCAUCAUAAUUGAAUUUUUGAAGUUUUUGUUUAUUUUAAUAAAAUAUCCUGCAUUCGAUGUUUAUGCCAAUAUGUGUAACAAAGAGGAGUUAUUUUAACUCUUGUCUUUAAAUACGCUUGUGGAAAUGCUGAUUAAAUUGUUGUAGGUUGUAAUUAUUAGUUAAACGAUAUGUGUAAAGUUUCCUAGUGUUUAAAGUUUAAAUCUUUUUCUCUGCAAUUUGCUACGGUGAAAAUUUAAUAUUUAAUAAUGAGUGGAAAUGAAGAAGAGAAAGACGCUAGAAAUGCAAUUCCACUAGACCUGGCUAGAAACCAGAUUGCCGCUGUAAGGACAGCGGAAAGCAAGCCUCCUCUAGUUAUAAGCCAAGCAUUGCGCAGUGUCAGAGUACUUGCUCAAGGCGUUUCUUGUAGUACUACCUCAUCUUCAGUGGGGCAAACAAUAAUAACCAACAUAAUGCCACAAGCAGUUAUCAAGCAAGAUGGGAGGGCUCAGAUAGCUAGUAUAAUUAGCUCUCAAGCUCAGGCUCAAAUAUCUAGUAGUUUGGCUAUUCAGAGGCCGGCCCAAAUAACUUUGACAUCACCUAUUGUAACCCAAAACACAAGUGGCACUACAUAUCAUGUUCCGAGGGGUCCUGCAGUUGUUGCAAAUUUGGCAGCUCCGAGAAGUAAUAUUACUGCUGUGCGAAGUCCCAUGGUUGUUUCAGCCCAAAGUUCUCAGAGUGGACAAAGUCAUCCUUUUGUGAAGCCCCCUAGGGCUCCCAGUCCAGCCCAAGGAACUGCAUGGCUAACCACAAAUUCACCUGGUGGAGCUCAAGUAAAAGGAGCCCCAACUGUACUAAGUUCGCCUGUGCGAGGGGCUACAGUAACAGGAAAACUUCAGGUCACUGGAAGACCCUCACAGUCUCAAACUAUUUCAACUAUUAAGUCAGGAACCAUAUUGCAAAGUGGUAUUACCAUUGGACAAACAAGUCAGGUGCAAACAUAUAAGCCUAUAUCUGCAAAUAUACAAUCAAGUGGAUCCAAUAUGACGUUGGCACAGAUAAUGCCUACUCGUACCCAAGCAGUCAUUUAUGGAACAAACAGUUCUACACAAUUUACUCCCACUCCAAGAGCAAUAGUUACAAGUAGCUUACAAAAUCCAACUAGAUCUCUCCAGACGAAACCAACUGGACAAAUUUCCUCACCACGUUUACCCGUUCCCGUGACGCAAAUCCAGAGCCAUACACGUUUGGUUACUUCCGUGCAGUCAACACCAGUCAUGUCUAAUACUAGGAUCUCAGCUUUGCCUUCUUCAACACAUCACAGUCUACUAGGAUCAGCUGGUAGGAUUAUUCCUCCCACCCAACCUACCAGUUCUCGUAUGUCAGGGUUACCCACACUGGGAACCACAACAGUGACAGCGGUAGCGGCGACUGUCACCAACAGCACCUUAUUGAGCAGUCAGCCAAGAACGUUGAACAUCCAGUCUUUGGUUGCGGUCGCAAAUGGCGGGCACAGCAAAAUACCUGGUCCACAGGCAACUAAAAUUAUACCUCAACCCGCACAAGCUACGAUUCAUUUGACUUCUAUCCAACCUGCGCAGAUCACUACAAAAGCUAAUACGGUGAUUACCACUGGAGCAAGGACAAUUAAUGUGCCUGCCACAAUAGUGACUCAGCAAAGAUCAUCGGUAGUAGACCAUCCAGAAGGUAUGUCUAUUGGCAAAGUUUUUUCAACAAGUGAAAGUCCAGGAGGGAUCGGUAGCACUAAUGUGUUUAUUCAUGGCCCAAUCCAAACCCAGAGGCAAAGUCUUUCAGGUGCAGGGCCUGCUAGUAUAUCUGUGUCAUCUCAACAGAUUCUACCUCCGUCCACUGUAACAUUAACGGGCAAUACAUCAUAUUUCUACGAAAGCGCCAAUGCAGCCGCUGCUUAUUCUAGACCUAUAGGUCAACAACCCACGGCAUUCGCCGCAAUUCCACAGGGUGCAGCUGUACAACAAGCACGCAGUAUCAAUAACAUAAACUCUCAACAGACACAUGGAAUUGUGAGCAGUCAAAAUAGCAGGUUUAGUUCUGUAGUGAUGGUUGAACAGAACCGUAUUCAACAAUCUUCACAAUUUCAGUCAGCUUCUAAUCAGUCAACAUUGGAGUCUCAAGGAUUUUCCGAUAUCCCACAACAGACCCCACAGCAACAUCACCAGCAAUCCCAGAUCAAGGUUACAUCAUCGCCCAGGCCGAGCAUUUUAAGGAAACGCGACCACGAAGGGUCGCCUUUAAAAGCUGCCAAAAAUUUAACGCCUGUUCUUCAAACCUUUGGUCAACAAUCAUCUAUUCAGGGACCACUUUCCCCUCAACCUCCCCGUCCGGAUUCCAGGGACAAUGGUCACAGUUCAGGAGGCAGCACUACUAUUUCAGCAACAUCUAGUCCUGGCCUAGCUGAAGUUAAUGAAGAUAGUAAUCCGCCCAUACUAAUAAACAUGAAGGAUGAAGAAGUCAAAGCACCUUUGGAAAUGAGCCCCAGAAAAAAACCUAGGAAACAGCAACUGACUGGUAAUGAGAUUGAUGGCAAUAUUGAUGACAUGCAAUUUAUUUCUGAAAAUGGCUCAGUCAAAAAGGAAAAUUACGACUCAGAUGAUCACCACUCUGAUGGAGAACCUAAAGAUGGGGCUCCAGAGGCUGUGCAAGUCAGUACGAUGAGAAAGCCAGCAAGUGCUAGUUUAUUAAAUGGAUACCGACAAACUUGGAAAGCAACCCAUAACCAUUAUCAACGGUACUCAGAUGUUAAACCUAAAGAUGAACGAAGACCGACCAUAAUGGACUUGGCAAAUCAAAAUCGGGUAGUAGAUAAAGUAAACGGAUGGAAAAUCCACCACUUGUCUACCCAAAUGGAGAAUUUAGCUGAUGAAGAGCAAAGUGUAUACAAUAGAUUAACAGAACUUUUAAAAUUCGCCGAAGCUGAAGAGGGUAAUAAACAAUUUGACAAAGAGUUGAAUAGGAUAAAUGAACUAAUAAAGGGCAAUUUGCAAAGAAUAAAAAUAAUUAAUGAUGGAAUGCUGGAAGCCAAAUCGCAUAUAAUGAAAAUAUGCGAUCAUCAACGCCACGUAAUGGAAUUAAUAAAUAGGUGUGCCAGUAAACGUAAUUUUAAGAAGCGAGAAAAAUCGUAGUUGUGAUGUUUAUAUAAAGUUUUUAUUGUUUGACGUAAUAAUUUUUAAAACGAUGUUCAUUGAACGUAAAUAGUUUUUAUAAAUAUUUUUAAAAUAAAUGCAGUUUUUGUUAAAAUGUAAAUUAUAUUAUUUUAAAAAUUUUUAAAAGUACUAGUGAAAUAGGAGUGAAGUAAA